AUGGUUAAUAUGAUUUUUGAAGAUAUUAAUAAAACAAUUAAAGAAAAUUUAGAAUUAAAAAAAUCUGAAGCUAAAAAGAAAGAAGAAGAUAAAAAUAAAAAUAUAGAAGAGUUUUCUUUUACUGAAAAUAAUAACAAUAUUUUGGGAUUGAAUGAAAAAGCAAAUGAUGUAGAAAUUAAAAAAAUGUAUAGAAAAUUGAUUUUGAUUUGGCAUUCUGAUAAAAAUAUUAAUAAUAAAGAAGAAUCUGAAAAGAAAACAAAACAGAUCACAGAAGUAUAUAGAAUAAUUACAGAGUAUAGAGAAAAAUUUAAAAAGAUAAAGUCAAAAAAUACAAAACCAAAAAAAACAAAUGCAAAACCAAAAUUAAGAAAACCAAGACAAACAAAAUCAAAACAGACAAAUCCAAAACAGACAAAAUAUAAACCAAAAAAUAAUUCAAAAGAAUAG